UGAGUGAAAGUUUGUGCACGAGUGUCUUCGUUUAAAAGCACAUUUUCGAGGGAAAAAAUUCGAUAAAGAAUGUGUGUUGAGAGGGAGCGCGAGCAGGAACAAAGUUUUUCGCAAACACGAGCAACGAGUCACCGAAGAAUCUCCAGGAAUAGUACACAUUUACGACAGACCACGAUGCCGAUGCUCUUUAGUCCUCCCUUUGCAUUCUUUGCCUCGAAAGUUCACCCGGAAGAUAAACACAGCUACGGCUCUUAAUCUUACAAAAUUUACUUGUAACUAUUACAGAGUUUAACUCCUUGCCGUGUAAAACGAGCCUCGCUCGUGUCACAGGGUAUAUGAAAUUUUAAUUCGGACUGUAAUCACAAUUUAUAGACAUUGAACAUUUUCAACGAUUGAUAUUUUAGUAAAAAAAUAAUCAUAAGGCAAGGGGUUAAAAUCGAUGCGAAGUGAAAGGAUUAAAAAUUUUGUUCGACCACGCGAUAAACUUUCUCCGUUUUUGAACGCACUUUACAUUUUCAUUUUUUUACUCGAGUCUAUUUCUAGCGAAAUUUCAACGAAAGAAACGUACGUGGGCGUUAAACGCUUUUACUCGAUCCAUACAUGUACCGGGAAUCGAAAAGCGAAAAUAUGCAGUUCGGACCGCAAAGGGUUAACGAUUCAUCGUCCUCGCUGAUGCAUCCUUUACGCCCAAUAAUUACGGACUAAUGACUAAUUGAGUCAAUUAAUCGCAGUUUGAUUCGAUUAAACGAAAAUUGUCGCGACAGCUGGAUCGCCUAUCGGUCGAUAAUAGAUUACUCGCGCGUAAACGCUCCGGCUCGCCGGACAAAUUGCGCACGGAUCUUGUUUCUCUGGUUCUUGCGUUGCUCGAAUUAUCAUAUGCAUGCGGAAUAAUGUGUGCUCGUCUGUUGGUCACCGCGUAUCUCGUUUGUCGUCUCCCUCCAACUUCCGUCCAGGGACGUGAAUUUCCACGACAGGAUGUUCCUAUAUUCCCUCUUCCUAUGCUCGCGGUCUAAACAAGCAGAACCAAUCGCGAUUUCUCUCUCUCAUUCUUGCCCCUCUUUUGCGAUUGUUCCUCCUCUCUCUUUCGACGAUUCGUUUCCUACAACGUUCACUUUUCUUAGCCCGCAUUUACGGUGCUCAUUGUAAUUCAACACUAGCGUGUACAUUAACAGAAACAUCGUUAUCUUCGUGUAAUUUUGUUUUUCAUAACUCGUUAGAUCCGAAGAAAGUUUAUCUGUAUCCAGCCGUACUCCAAUCGUGAUCUGUGCAAGUGUACACACAGAUGACGCGAUGACGUUGCAUUGGUGGAUGCACUGGUUCUGGGUUACCGCUCAAUUUCUCGUGAUAUUAGGAAACCCGGUGCCGUCGAGCACGUCGGAGCCGCGUAGCCAGGUGCAGGAUCGCCUGAGCACCGAAUCGACGCCCGAAAUCACCUCGAUCGAGACGGAUAGUCCGGAAGCUAGACAAAACUUGCGCGUUGCCAAAGCUAUCGGUCUUCAUCCUCCCACCAACGCGGCCGUCAUCUUCGACAGACAAUCCAGCACGAUUUCGAGUAACAUGGAGGUCGGGCCGAGCGUCGUCGAAACGAGCACAGAUCUGGUAGGCGAAGAGUAUCACGGGAACGGCAGCAACGCGGUGAACCUGGACAGGGUUAAAGUUUUAACAGCCGAACGGGCGACGGAGAGCACGGACAUAGCUCGUGGUCCUUCUACGAAAAAGGACAGCAAGAUCACAUGGAUCCUAACGUCGAACAAGGCUGGAGUUAGAUCGAAGUACGAGCAGGAAGAGAAAGUGGAGGAAAAUGGGAAUCGGAACGGCAGUAACGACCAGGUGGAGGAUCUCACGGUGCUACCACUUCAGGAAGAAGUGUCUAGAAUCAGGCUGGUACUGAACAAAACGAAAUCGUCGUCGUUUCUAUCCUCCUCUUCCUCGUCACUUUCCGCGUCCGUCGGAAGUUCCGGCAUCAGGACGUUCAAUCGGUCGGACGACGUUGAGAUCGACGAGGAGCUGGUCGAGCCUCAACUCUUUGCCACAGCUGCAUCGAUUCUCGAGGUAGGAGUAAGCGAAUCCACGCGACUGAGUAGAGCGAGGAGCGCGUUCCCGAAGGAUUUUCAAAGGGAUCAGGUACAGGAAGAGCAGCUUACCGAUUACAAUGAAAGCAGUAGCGAAGACGCGAAGCAAGAAGGUGGUGCAUCGGGAUCGACGGUGGACAUUGCCGCUAUUACCGGCAGCUGUUUAGCGACCGUGGUUCUACUAAGCACGAUGGGCAGCCUCGGAUUCAUUAUGUACAGGCGCAGGUACCUGAACCCACCGCAGACGCUGAACAGCGAUAAAUGCAGUAAUCCAGAUAGUUCCGGUUAUAUCGAUGAUUCCACUAUUCGUGAUAAUUCGGAGGAGAUGUACAGCUUGGAUAACGACUCGUUCCUAAAUUCGUUAGAAGCGAUGACAAUACAAAAUUACUGGACCGACAGCGUGAAGCACACGAAGCUAUGACAAAAGAGGAUAAUCCAAUCCGGAAAGAGAAUGGAAACGUUCAGUAUUUCCGACGGUGAAGCGCACGAACAAAUAUCGUUGUUGGAGCAGUAGUACUUACACGGCGCGUAUCGAACGAAGAUAAAGGAAGAGUGAAUUUUUUAACGUAGCCGUUCAGACACGCAGGGAGACACCGUUGUUUAUUUCCAUUAAGCGAUGUCGCUGAUCGUUAGCGAGCCGCGUACAAAAAAUAAGUGAACAAAAUGGUUUUAAACGUUUACGCAAACUUUUUAGGUAAUCUCCGUCGAUUUUGCGGUUUCUUAAAGAAGAUUGACGACGUGUCAAAAUUGUUUGGCGCGCGACUAUUUUUAUACAUAUUCGUGCUAUACAUCGUACGCGUAAACAUUUUUUGGGUUUAGACGAGGUUCGUGUAUGACGUAUAACGCGGUGUAUACAACGUAUAUCGUGCGUAUAGCCAAAUUUUGAUCACGUCACUUGCAUCGUUCCCUAUAUUUUUCUACCGCUGAUACAAUUGGCAGAAAAUCGGUUUAGAGAGUGAAAGCGACGACGUAUCGCUUUUAGUUGGACUGCAGUAAUCGGAUAGUGCAAUAAAAUAUGUACUUUAUCGACGCGAUAAUUAAUGUUACAUUAUUAGGACAGUAAGUACAAAUGAAUUAAAAAACCAUUAAUUUUUAGCUAGACGUAUUAGGGAGUGCGAAAAGUAAUUUAAUACAAAUGAAUUCCUACGAAUCGCCAGAGAGAUACUUCCGUACUACACGCACUGUGAAUUUCAAUUUAUACAUACACAUACAAAACCAUACCUGUGUUUGUCUUUUUAAUUCGGGAGUCGAGCUUGGAACGUUUCGCAGUCUUCGAACUUUAAAAAGAGAUCAAACACGGUUCUAAUAUAUAGAGUAAUAGAGAUCAAACUAAUCGCUUAGCGUACACGAUCAGCUUUAAAUAUUUUCGAAACAGGAUCGGGCUAACAAACAAGAUUGGACCAAAUACAAUACCGUAGUUUGUAGCUUUACGCCUUUAUAACAUAUCCAGCAAAAGGACAUGAGAAGAUUUCAUUCGUGUUUUCCACUGCACUUCUAGCUUGUAUAUAUCUAUGUACACAUGUACAUGUACUAUACAAUAAUUACAAGUAUAUCUAUUAUGUAUAGACAUGCGAAAUCCGUGGCGAUUUCUCGCCAUCUUCCAAAUACGAUUUACGUUUCAGUAAAAGUUAGCACUUGUUUGUUCAAAUAUAUUUCUAUACGAGUCUCGCGCAGAGAAGGAAGAAAAUUUAUUGUGAUAGAUUAUAGCGUUUAAUAAAUGUAAAAUUAUCACCGAUUCACCUUAUGGUACCGGUUGUGAAUAAACCCAGUCGCACAUUA